UCUCACUGCAUCUCACAAAUUCUCUUAGGUCGUAUUUUCAUUAUCUUCUAGUUCAAACCAUUUAAAAAUCCCCAUUGAAGUGUUUUUUGACUUAGAGGUUUAGAAUUACAUUGCUUACCUUCCAAAUAUUUGUGGAUUUUCUGACUUUUGUUAUUUCUAGUUUAAUUCUGUUGUGGUUAGAGACCAUAUUCUAAUUUCCAGCCUCUUAAAUUUGAGACUUGUUUAAUGACCCUGCAUCACGAACUUGAUGUAGUUUUGUUAUGAUGGGAAAACCGGUGGAUUCAGACUGUCAUUUUUUUUUUUCUUCUUCCUGCUUUGGUUUUGUAUAGAGUGCACUGUGGUAGCGCAAAACUAAGUUCUGCUAUCUUAAAACAGUGUUCCACUCAGGGGUAUGUCCUCUAAAUUUACACUACAAUGAUUAGGAUGCGGCUCAAGAAAGGAGUACCUCAAGGCUGUAUGUUUGUCACCCUGCUGCAGCCCACGGGGUCGCAGAGUCGGACACGACUGAGCGACUGAAAUGAAAGACAGUACUUUCGAGCAGCAGCAUCGGACUGUUUGGGAACGCUUUCUACCCGUCACGGAAUGGCAGGGCGGUACAACUGUUCUGAGUCCGCCACAGCUCGAGAUUGACACUUCACGAGCCAUCUGUGCAUCUCUCGAAGCAACGGAAGUAGUACCCUCUUUUUCGGGGGUGGGGAUUGACUCCUCAGAGAGUUUUCUUGGAGGAUUUUUUGGUCCCAUUUGUGAGAUCGACGUUGUCCUUAAUGAUGGGGAAACCAGGAAAAUGGCGGAAAUGAAAACUGAAGAUGGCAAAGUAGAAAAGCACUAUCUUUUCUAUGAUGGAGAAUCUGUUUCAGGAAAGGUGAACCUAGCCUUUAAGCAACCUGGAAAGAGGCUAGAGCACCAAGGAAUUAGAAUUGAAUUUGUAGGUCAAAUUGAGCUUUUCAAUGACAAGAGUAAUACUCACGAAUUUGUAAACCUAGUGAAAGAACUAGCCUUACCUGGAGAACUGACUCAGAGCAGAAGUUAUGAUUUUGAAUUUAUGCAAGUUGAAAAGCCAUAUGAAUCUUACAUCGGUGCCAAUGUCCGCUUAAGGUAUUUUCUUAAAGUGACAAUAGUAAGAAGACUGACAGACUUGGUAAAAGAAUAUGAUCUUAUUGUUCACCAGCUUGCUACCUAUCCUGAUGUCAACAACUCUAUUAAGAUGGAAGUGGGCAUUGAAGAUUGUCUACACAUUGAAUUUGAAUAUAAUAAAUCAAAGUAUCAUUUAAAGGAUGUGAUUGUUGGAAAAAUUUACUUCUUAUUAGUAAGAAUAAAAAUCCAACAUAUGGAGUUACAACUGAUUAAAAAAGAGAUCACAGGAAUUGGACCCAGUACCACAACAGAAACAGAAACAAUCGCUAAAUAUGAAAUAAUGGAUGGUGCACCAGUUAAAGGUGAAUCAAUUCCAAUAAGACUAUUUUUAGCAGGAUAUGACCCAACUCCAACAAUGAGAGAUGUGAACAAAAAAUUUUCAGUAAGGUACUUUUUGAAUCUAGUCCUUGUUGAUGAAGAAGACAGAAGGUACUUCAAGCAGCAGGAGAUCAUUUUGUGGAGAAAAGCUCCUGAAAAACUGAGGAAACAGAGAACAAACUUUCACCAGCGAUUUGAAUCACCAGAAUCACAGGCUUCUGCUGAGCAGCCUGAAAUGUGAACUGAAUGGGAGAAAAAAAAGAAAAAAAACCUCCUAUAUCCGUGGAGGUUUAGGUUUGGCUGGUUAGAGAUGGUGGCAGCGUGCAGGCAGGGAAAAGGCCAAAACUCCAUUUAUAAUAGUCUUCCUUUAUCUUACAGUGCUGAAUUUAUUUUAUGACAUAACUGUUCUUCGUGUAUAUACAUUUAAAACGCUUUCUUUGAAACACUGGAACUUUCUUAAACUGCAGUUUUUUGGGUUUUUGUUCGUUUUUUUAACUGCACACUUUGAUAAUAAGCACUCAGAUAUACGUCAGCAUAAACGUUAUAAAGAUUUUCAUCUGAGUAGGUUGGUAUUUGUACUUGUGCUUUUUUUUCUGCAUAAUGUUGAUUAUAAAUUUUCUUCUCCUUUCUCAUGCUAUGAUUACCUCUUACUCUUUCUACAUGCAAAAAAAAUUUGUGUUCAAAUAAAAUUAGAAAACCUGAGUGGCCCUUACAGCCUGCAAAGAUUUAAAACAUGGCAUCUCAAUAUUUUUGAAAACUACAUUUAUGUUUUUCUAUAUGUGUUUGAGAAAUGCAUACGAGUGUUUCGCUGUAGGUGCCUCUGAGUCUACCACUCCAUGGCUCCCUGGAUUUUGUUCUCUUUGAAAUCUUCUGUGGCACAUUAAAUUUUCCCCCUAAGGGAUUACGUAGCAUGUCAUUGCAGCUUUUUUUUGGGGGGGGGGGGGGCAUAUUAAGUAACCAAUUUGCUACUGCUGUCCAACAGGUACCACUGUAUGUUUUCUGCAGUGUGGAGUGGAUUCUAUGUUGGCAGUUUAGAAUUUGUUAAAACUAUAUGAUUGUUCCAUAAUACUUUGAAAAAAGUUUUUUUUGAUUUAAGGAAUCUUUUUAGCACUUGUACGCAAAUAUAAAGUUUCUUGCAAAUAUUCUCUUUUCAGGAGAAAAUUGAGGAUGAGGGCACUCAGGAGAACUGGUGAAGCAUGUAGUUAUCCAGAUCUGGACAAUUUCACACUUGUUAAAUCAGAACCUUGACUAGUUCAAACUCAAAUUUAAACUUCUUUGUCCACUAUGUUUAAAUUUUUUUAACAUUAAAUUCAAGCAUUGUUCAAAGCCUCUAAAAAAGAAGGUUACAGUCAUCUGUUUUUAUGCUAUGCAUGGGGUAUGAUCUCAGAUACACUAAAUAUGGGGCGUAGGAACUAAAACCUGAUGUAUGAAACUACUUUCACUUAUGGUUCAUUGGUUUUUGUACCAAUAUUUUUUUAUACACUUCAGUGCAAGUCUUGUUAGUUAACCUUACUUUAUGAGUAAACUAAGUAACCCAAAUUACAUUUCUUUAAGCCUAUUUUACUACUGUGGCUCUUUGAAAAAUGGUCAGUAACCAACUUCUUAACUGGCAAAAAGUUCCAUGUGCUGGAGCACCAGUUAUAAAUGUGGAUAUCUGUGAAUGAUGAUGUUUUCCUUCAUGUAAGUGCCUGUUCAGAGUUUCAAAAUUUUAAAAUGCCAAAUAUUUUCAUGGUCACUUGCAUGUAGUAAUCUGGAAAAUAUUCAAAGAAAAAUUGAAAACCAAUUGUAUUUAACCAGCCUCAAAUUGUGCAACCAUGAUGUAUAAUAAAGAAUUUGAAACA